AUGCCGUUUAAGCUGAAGCUGAAAAAAUCCCGCCACUACAAUGUUAUGUCCAAGAGCCUGUUUGUCAUAUCGGUCGAUCAUCUGGAUUCUUCAACGAAGAUCGACUGUACGCUCAGCUCGGAAAGCACGGGCCAAGAGUGCUUGGAGAAUGUGUGCCAGCGGAUAUCAAUCCAGCAGCCGGAGUUCUUCGGUCUCCGGUACGUGGUGAAGGGAACGAACGACGAGUUACGAUGGGUGGACCUUGAGCGGCCUCUGAGCCGCCAGCUGGAGAAGUAUUCCGCCAACUCGAAGGUGCUCCAUCUGCGCGUGAUGUACUACGUGCUUUCGGGGGUCAGUUUGCUGAAAGAUGAGGGCACUCGCAACUACUACUUCCUGCAACUCAAGCACGACGUUGUGGAGGGCCGCAUCAGUUGCGAUCCCCGGCAGGCCGUUAUUCUGGCGAACUACAGCCGUCAGGCGGAGUACGGUAACCACCAGGAUCGUCACACGGUCGACUACUUGAAGACGUUGCUGGCGUUCCCGCAAGAAAUGGUGCAAGCGAAUCUGCUCGAGGCCCUGACGGAGCAGGUCAUACAGCAGGCACACGAGUUGCACAACUGUCCGCAGGGCGAUGCGGAGGAAUCGUACAUCUCCGCCUGCCAGCAGUUGGAUGGGUACGGUCAGGAGACGUUCAUGGCGAAAAACGAGAGUGGCGUCGAGGUGACGCUGGGAAUCUCAGUGUCGGGUAUAAUCGUGGCAAGCGAGGAAAACCGAUUCUACCCGUGGCGUGACAUUACGAACGUUGUCAACCACAAGCGGGUGUUUAACAUCGAGUGCACCGUGGCACGGGAAAGUUCCGGCUUCACGGUAGCGGACGUGGCCACCGGUCGUUACAUCUGGAAGCUGUGCGCACUGCAGCAUCGAUUCUUCGUUACGUACGAACAAAACCAAGCCCAGGCAAGCCAGAUGAACCUGAAUUUGUUUCAGAACAUGGGCGACAACCUGAACGACAGCCGGGACGAUCUGCUACACGAGCCGCAGUACCACGCCGCGGCCGCGACCGCAGUGUAUCAGAGUGGUUCCGGCGGGUGGCCCUCGCAUGCGUCCUCCAUGUGGAACGGUGCACCCUCGGGCACCACAAUCAUCGAAACGCAACCGGGAGGCGGCAGCGGAUUAAUGUCGUCGAGCAGUACAUCGAUCGCACACGGAGUCGGCGGCAGCAUUGGCAACCUGAAUGCGAACCCCGGCAGUAUGAUGCAGACAUCGCGCACAUCGCUGCAAGCUUCGGCGCUCGACAUUAACCUUAAUUCAGGGUACGCGAACCAGAUGGGUUCCGCUACCUGGGGGCUGCCUAUUAAUCCAGCUGGAGGUUCGAAUACCUCGCUGAUCAAUCGGGCCCAAAGCUCGUCGUGCCUUGAUCUGAGCAACAACAAUUUAACACCCGACCGGGAGCGUCUCAAAGCUCUGCUACCGACUUAUCGACCCGCUCCGGACUACGAAACGGCCAUCCAGCAAAAGUAUCGCUCGAGCAGUAACGAUGUGCGGCUUCUAAAUGGCAGUCUUCUGCAUCUUUCCGCUUCGCAAAUGCCUAUAUCGGAUCCCACCGGACACCCGCAACAGACAGGCCACCAUCAACUCGACUACAGCGUGAGCGGCAGCCAGCCGGAUGUUUCUUACUAUGGCCAACAUCUGCAACAGCAGCAACAGCAACCGUACCCGGAUGUUACCCAUCAUACCACGGCCCACCACGUCAUCGGUCCGCACUAUUCGGAUGCGUCCGAUUACGGGCUGACGCAUCGCUUCAAAAUGAUGCGCCUCGUGAAGCCUCCCCCACCGUAUCCGGCCAAUCGGCUCAGCUCCACUUCGACGCCAGAUCUUGCUUCCCAUCGUGCGCUUCUGGGGCUGCGCAGUGCACAGGUGUCCGGUUCCAGUCCGGAUCUUGUCUCGUCCCGACCGCUCCUAAAUCAUCUACACCACGCAGCACCACCCCAUCAGCUGAUGCACCUUUCGCAUAGUGGCCACAUGUGGCACCCAGGAAUGGGCGGAACCGGACCGCACCAGCUGCACCACUCCCAAACCAUGCUUCCGCACGGAACGUACGAGAAUCUGAAUUUUAUCGAAACGAAUUCGAAUCCUCCAGGUCCUGGCGGGGGACAUCUGUCGUCCGGUAGUCAACCAACCGGCAAGGUUUUCUACUACGUCCCGGGCGGUGUGGAGCAUCUUCUGCUGAGCAACAGUGCCAGUGGUUCGGGAGGCGAAAGUCAGAGCCCGUACCAUGCAGCUUCCAGCGCACCACCGGUACCCAUCGCCAACGGCCACAUUGGCCUAGCGUCGAAGGUGCACCUGAAUCGUUCCUCCCAGCAGAUCAACGGUUCGAUUGAACCUAUCUACGAAAAUGUGCCACUUCCUUGGAUGAGUGAAACUGCGGAGCCGAUCAGCGCUCCAAUAUCGGUUCGCAGUCGUACCUCGAGCGUACCACGUGGACCACGGCCGAUCCCCACCCCACCACAACCACAGACGCCCAGUGGUACGAACGCGCCAACUUCCACGGCGCCUGUUGCGGCUGCGAUGGCUGCGGAAGGCAACAGGCAACCCUCACCGGGGGCCCUGCAAAGUAUGCUACAGGCGAAGAUAAACGAAGGAGCACCACCUACCGUGAUUAACCGAUCACUUUCAUCGAACAACGUACUCGACUCGUCACAAUACUCAAGCUACACGCUCAACGAAACGGCCCAAAGUGGUUCGGUCGGGAUUUCGGGACGAAUAAACGGAGGCCACAAUGAUUCCGGCAUCAGCUCGAUAACAGCCGGCUCGACGAAUUUGGGAGGCAGUGGCGGUAGCAGAACCAGUAUCACCACCACCAACACCGUUGGUGCAAACAGUGCCAGCACCAGCAGCCGUAAUGUAACGCUGGCUGCCAACGCCUCGUCGGUGUCGGCAUCUUCGUCGGUGAAGGAAACCAAGCGGAGGCGCCUCUGGGAGAUUUUGGGCGGUGGAAGAUCGAAGCACUCGGCCGACAAACAAAAGAGUGCCACGCUGGGCCGUGAGAAGGAUCGCAAGAAGAAGGGUUCGAUGGAGGUCGCUACCAACAGCAGUACGGCAAGUGCUUCGUCGGGCGACGGGUCGAGUGAGAGUGGCGGUGGACAGCUCAGGCAUCGGUGGUCUACGGGACUGCCGCGACUGCAGCCACUUCCGGCGAACAUUAGCAAGGAGAAGUUGUGUUCGCUGCUCGAAUCCAAGCUGGCCGAACCGCAACUGUUCUGUGAGUUUGAACGGAUUCCAAAGCGCAGCGAUAGUGCAACCUACACCUGCGCGCUGGCGGAAGAGAACAAGAACAAGAACUCCAAUCCGACCUUUCUGCCGUACGACAAUAAUCGGGUGCGCCUGACGCCAAUGCGCGACAAUCGGGUGGGCUACGUGAAUGCUUCACACAUAACCAGCACGGUUGGCAACAAGCAACGAUUCUACAUCGUGGCCGAAAGCCCGCACGAUAAGGUGACGACACACAUUUUUUGGCAAUGCGUUUGGGAGGCGGACGUCUAUCUGCUGGUACAACUAUCCAAAGAGCUUAUUUAUAUACCGCAAACCAGUGAGCGCUGCCUCGAGUAUGGACAGUAUCAAGUGUGGCGAGAAUUUUCACAGGAAACCGAUCGCUGUACGACGAGCAAACUGAGAGUAUACCACACCCAGAGCCGGCGCUAUCGAUCGGUUUGGCACCUAUCCUACACUGAGUGGGCCGAUCAAAACUGUCCCGCCGAUGUUGGACAUUUUUUGGGCUUUCUCGAGGAACUCAACUCGGUACGACUGGCGUCGAACGGUGAGGUACCGCCAUCGCACAACACCAAUCCACCAGUGUUGAUUCAUUGUAAUGAAGGUGGUGGUCGUACGGGUGUUACACUGGUAGCCGAUCUUUUACUCUACACACUCGAUCAUAAUCAGGACAUCGACAUUCCUCGUCUGAUCGGACAGAUACGUCAGCAGCGGGACAACAUCAUACCAUCGCUCGCACAGUACAAGUUCAUUCACGCCCUUCUCAUUCACUAUCUGAAGCAAAACCGACUGAUCUGAUGAUUGGACAGUCGGGAAUGGAAUGCUCGCCUCUGUCGGUUGCUUAGGGUUUGCGUACCCGUAUGCCGUUAUUUCAUAGACUAAUCGUUACUGAAUCUGUCCUCGAACGUGCCUUACCUUGUAUUACCUCGUGCGAAAAAAUAUGUGUGAAAAAAAAACCAAUCCGAAAUGCGAGCAAGCAAUAUUCGCAUUUUGGCUAAUUUUAGUAUUAGCUGCAAGAAAAUGAGGAAUUCAGCAGUAUUGUACUGCGAUUAAACGUGAAAGUAGAAAGUAGUUAAUUGCUGUUGUGGGCCACUGUUGAGAACUAGAAAAAAGAUUUUGGAUACGUUGGAUUUUUAAUGUUUUGUUCCAGCGAACUUGUUCCACAUAAACAUAAGCAGCCUGAUCAAUUUUACUAACAAUCCCACCCAGAUGCGUUUAGGGUACAAAAGUGAAGUAACGCUGUAACUGGACGAAAGCCUCCAAAGAUGAAGUAGUAAAAAAUAUGUAAACGAACGAUUGGUAGCGAAAACAAAACAGUAUCGAAACUCGUAACACUUUAGAUAGGUUUGAGAAAGGUAAUUAAACAAUGAACGAAGCUUAAGAUUGGUACAACGUAUUAGUGCGUGGCGUACGGCUAAGACGGUGCGAUUGUGUGUAACGAGAAAGUAUUUUUUCUUCCGAUAGGCUAAACGGGCGUUUUCUAGCAUUUACGAUUAUUUAUGUAUAUUUUAUCGUGACUACUACUUUUGACUAUUGUGUAUUCUGUAAGGGAC